AUGUUAUGGAAAAUUUUUUUAAGUUAAAUAAUCUGUACGGUCCGGAACCAUAUAAAAUCUGGUUGGGUUCUUCACUAGCUUUAAAUGUAACAAAGCCAGAAGAUUUACAAAUUAUAUUAAAUAAUUCUAAUGCUUUUGACAGAGGUAAAUUAGCCAAAAUGUUGAGUGGUGCUUUUGGAGAAGGAUUAAUUACUACUUCUGUUCCUAAAUGGAAAAUACAUCGACGAAUUAUCUCUCCUUUUUUUAACACUUCUUCCAUAAAUAAAUUUUUACCAAUUUUCAAUGAAAAUAGUGCAGGUUUCAUAUUAAAUCUUCAAAAAGAACUGCGAAAUUCCGAGUCAUUUAAUAUUUGGGAUUAUGUUAAUUCUGUUUCUGUUAAUUCAAUAUGUGAAGCAGCACUGGGACAUCAUCGUGAUGAGGAAGAUGACGACAAAUCUGAAUUUUUUUAUUUAGUGAGAAAAAUUACAGAGCGAGUUAAUGCCAGACUAAAGAAGCCAUGGUUGUAUCCUGAUUUUAUUUUUAGUAUUUAUGGAAAAAUUACAGGCUUGAAUCAAAUGUAUGAAAAUUUAUAUAAAUUUCCAAACAAAAUAAUUAAAGAAAAAAAAAGCCUGUAUGUUCAAAGAAAGAAAACCAACCACAGUUCUUUAAACUUAACCAACAAUGAAGAUAAACAAAGACCAAUAUUUUUGGAAUUAUUGUUGGAGUUAAAUGAUGAAGGAGCCUAUUUUUUAAACAAUGAUUUAAGAGAUGAAGUUUUAACUAUGAUAAUUGCAGGCAGUGAGACUAUUUCUAUAACCACUUGUUUCUGUAUUUUAAUGUUAGCUAUCCAUCAAGACAUACAGGACAAAGUUUAUGAUGAAAUUUACCAAAUAAUGGGAGAAGGUGAUCGAAAAGUAACAAUUGAAGAUACGGUUAAGUUUGUAUAUCUGGAACAAUGUAUCAAGGAAACUCUUCGAAUGUAUCCCGCAGCACCAGUGAUAAUGAGAUAUCUUCAAGAUGAUGUCAAAAUGAGUAAUUACACAAUUCCAAAAGAUACUACUAUUUUUAUACCAAUAAUAGUCACUCAUCAUCUACCAGAGUUGUACCCAAAUCCCUGGGAGUACAACCCACAUAAUUUUGAUCCAGAGAAGGUUGCAAAACGACACAAGUAUAGUUUUAUUGCGUUUAGUGGUGGACCUAGGAAUUGUAUAGGGGAAAAGUAUGCAAUGCUAUUAAUGAAAGUUUUGCUAUCUACAUUUUUACGUAACUAUAGUGUUCAUACUAAAUGCAAAAUGUCUGAUAUAAAGUUAAAAUUCGAAUUAUCGUUAAAAAACGCUGACGGAUAUCAAGUAACAAUACGUCCUAGAAACACGAAACCGACAUACAAAGUUUAAUUGAGUUUAAAAAAAAAGUUUUGAUUUAAAAUUUUCGUUUUUUUCAAUUAUGGUCUAUAAAAAUGUAUGUAUGAGUAAUAAUUCAUUAUUUAGUAAUCAUUUAACUAAAAGUUAUUUUAAGUCAUAGAAUUGGUAUGUAUAGUCAGUGGAGUAUUUUGACUAUUUUGAAAUUUAAUAAAAAUACAAU